UCUCCUUUUGCUGAGUCUGCUCUUAAUUUCAGGUCUGGUCUCUGAGGAAGAAAAGCCCGACUAAGGAGCAGAGCUAACCCCACUCCUCCCAGGCUGAGGGAACCAUGGCUGCGUCAGCCCCUUUGAGGAGCCUGGAGGAGGAGGUGACCUGCUCCAUCUGCCUGGACUACCUGCGGGACCCAGUGACCAUCGACUGUGGCCACGUCUUCUGCCGCAGCUGCACGAGUGACAUCCGCCCCAUAUCGGGGAACCGCCCGGUCUGCCCGCUAUGCAAGAAGCCCUUUAAGAAAGAGAACAUCCGGCCUGUGUGGCAGCUGGCCAGUCUGGUGGAGAACAUUGAGCGGCUGAAGGUGGACAACGGCAGGCAGCCAGGAGAGCUGGCCCGAGAGCCGCAGGACGCGAAGCUGUGCGAGCGCCACCAGGAAAAGCUGCACUACUACUGUGAAGACGACGGCAAGCUGCUGUGCGUCAUGUGCCGCGAGUCCCGGGAGCACCGCCCCCACACCGCAGUCCUGGUGGAGAAGGCCGCCCUGCCUCACAGGGAAAAGAUUCUGAACCACCUGAACACCCUGAGGAGAGACAGAGACAAAAUUCAGGGCUUUCAAGCCAAGGGCGAGGCUGAUAUACUGGAUGCAUUGACAAAGCUGCAGGAGCAGAGGCAGUACAUUGUGGCAGAGUUUAAGCAGGGCCACCAGUUUCUGAAGAAGCGGGAGCAGCACCUGCUGGACCAGCUGGCCACCUUGGAACAGCUGCUCACCGAGGGCAGGGAGAAGUUCAAGACCCGGGGCGUCAGCGAGCUUGGCCGCUUGACUCUGGUCAUCUCCGAGCUGGAAGGCAAAGCGAGGCAGCCAGCUGCAGAGCUAAUGCAGGACGCCUGCUCUACACAGGACACCAAGGACUUUGCCAACAGGUACCCACGGAAGAAGUUCUGGAUUGGAAAAGCCAUCCCUCACAUGGUUAAAAGAAAGGCAGGAGAAUUCUCAGAUAAACUUCUUUCUCUGCAGCGAGGCCUGAGGCAGUUCCAGGGCAAGCUGCUGAGAGACUUGGAGUAUAAGACAGUAAGUGUCACCCUGGACCCACAGUCGGCCAGCGGGUACCUGCAGCUUUCAGAGGACUGGAAGUGUGUGACCUAUACCAGCCAGUACCAGAGUGACGGCCUGCAUCCCCAGCAGUUCGACUGUGAGCCAGGGGUGUUGGGCAGCAAGGGCUUCACCUGGGGCAAGGUGUACUGGGAAGUGGAGUUGGAGAGGGAAGGCUGGUCAGAGGAUGAGGAGGAGGGGGAGGAAGAAGAAGAAGGGGAAGAGGAGGAAGAAGAUGAGGAGGCUGGCUAUGGGGACGGAUAUGAAGACUGGGAAACAGAUGAAGAUGAGGAAUCACUAGGGGAGGAAGAGGAGGAGGAAGAGGAAGAAGAGGAGGAAGUUCUGGAAAGCUGCAUGGUGGGCGUGGCCAAGGACUCUGUGAAGAGGAAAGGGGACCUCUCCCUGCGGCCCGAGGAUGGUGUGUGGGCCCUCCGGCUCUCCCCUUCAGGCAUCUGGGCCAACACAAGCCCUGAGGCCCAGCUCUUCCCAGUGCUGAGGCCCCGGAGAGUGGGGAUCGCCCUGGAUUAUGAAGGGGGCACUGUGACAUUCACCAACGCAGAGUCUCAGGAACUCAUCUACACCUUCACGGCCACCUUCAGCCGGCGCCUGGUUCCCUUCCUCUGGCUCAAGUGGCCAGGAACACGCCUUCUGCUAAGACCCUGAAUUCCAGAACCUGCCUGGGCCACCCCUACAGAGACUUCGCUACUCUGAGAUUCCAGGAUGCUGAGAUGAAGAAGGGUUGCCUGGACCCCACGUCCACAGAAUCUUCCUUCUCUGGGAUCCCGAGACUGUGUGAUGGAGGAAGGUUCUUGGCCAGAGCACCAGGAGGAGGAGAGAGGAGGGCAGCACAUCUGCUGCCAGAGAUGUCCCCACUGCUGCAGCCAAGUUAUCUCUCAGCACUGUCACUCUAUCCAGAUUUCUUGUUCCGGCUGCU